CCACUCACGGUCGACAAAAUAUUGCGUCAUGUUCAACAUGGCGGGUUGACAUCUUUUUUUUUCUUUUGAUCUCCUGCAUGGCUCUGUUUUUCUUACCAAUUAAUGGACGUUUAUACCAUCCAGACGACACACCGGUGAGCAGGUACCAAUGUUUCGCCGCUCGAGGUUCAGCGUCCGUCCCAACGUGGGUGGGGCCGGUAGGACUGCAGCUCCAUCGCAGGAUGCCGCUCCGGCGAGUCAGGAGUCGAAAGAGGUGGCAAAAGACCUCGGCAAGAUUGCGGUAGCUUCUGUGGUGACCGACACGAAGCCAGUAGAUGUUCCUUUGGUCGAAGCGACCAACCUGAGUGAAGGAAAUGAUCCAAAUGGGGAUGCAACCAACUCCUCAGCUGCUCUCCAGAGAAGGAAACGCUUCUCCGUCAAGCCGAGGUUGGCCCCGGGCCGCCCCGCUGUCCUCCCUCGAACACCCAAGUCCCCUGCCAAGGUGGUCCCUGAAACUCCCCCUAAAAAUUCAGACCUCGAGGCAAAAACCGAACUCCAGGUGCCGCUUUCGGGUGUCGAUUCUCUAACGUCGCCUCAGCCCGAGCCCGUCGUCGCCCCCUGCGAUGAUUCAGGAUCAGCAGCUGCCGUUCCCACUGAGCACUCACCAACAGAAAAGACUGUCUCGUCAGAUGACGCGGUCAUCAAAGUUCCACCUAGGCCGCCGGACAAAGCGGCGACGCUGGACAAAGAAUCAGCGGCGCUGUCGGAGAAAGCCAAGACUCUCUUGUCAUCAAGGGGCAAGAAGUCGCCUGGUAUCGCCCGGUAUUCCCUGAGCCGGCUUUUGAACGACCCGUCAGACAUUCAAAGGCUGGAAAAGGCUCAGAAGCUGCGUGACCUGCUCAGACAGGAGAUGCGGAAAGAAAAGAAUGCCAAGAAAGAGAAGAGGAAGCAUGUCAACGAAUACAGUUUGGAGUCUGUGGACCCUACCACAAUGACCAUGAGGGAUCUUAUCCGUUACAUCCCCAUGUCCAACACCAUGUCGUCCAGUUUAGAGGACAGCGUGCAGGAGAAUGAGAACGAGACCGAGGUUCCAUUUUCACCAAAACAAAUAUCGCCGCAUGAACCAGAAGUUCCACUGACGACCUCGGGUGAAAAUGGGAGCCAGUUGCAAGAGGAACAGGAGGUGGAGGAGGAGGCAGUGCUCGAAGAAGGAAACGAGGAGGCGCUUAUGGCACCUCGGAUCAAAGUGGCUGAAGACGGCACACUAAUACUGGAUGAGGAGAGUUUGACCGUGGCGGUCCAGAGAGCCAAAGGACCUAACCCGGCAGAGAGCCGGGACCCCAUAUUUGAGCGUGGCUCCACCACUACGUAUUCCAGUUUCAGGACGUCCAAAUACUGCAAGCCUUGGACCAACGAAGAGACGGACAUGUUUUUUCUGGCAAUCAGCAUGGUGGGAACGGACUUCACCAUGAUCGGCCAGCUUUUUCACAACCGAACUCGAGCUGAGAUACGGAACAAAUUUAAAAAAGAAGAACGGAAAAACUCCUGGAGAAUCGACAAAGCUUUCCGAGAGAGACGCAAGCUGGAUAUUGAAUAUUUCACCAAACUGCUGGAGAAGGUUCUAGAAUUCCAGGCCAACAGAAAGAAGCUCAAAUCGCUAGUUCAGAAGAACGCUCCCAAGAAGAGGCAACGGCGCUCAAAGAGAGCAGAGAAGCACAUAGACAGCGAAGCGGAAAGUGAGGAGGAGAUGGAUGACUUUUUAGGCUCCGAACGAGAGGAUGGAGAGAAAGAGAACGACAAGCUCAGCAUGGAUGGAAACGUCUCAAAGACCAAGAAGAAACGCAAGCGCCAGAGUGCAGAGGAUGUCUCUAGUGCAAAGCUAAAGAGGAUGACGAGUGACGCGACUGAAAAGAGUGGUGAAGAAGAGGAUGUCUGCAUACUUGAAGACUCAGAAGCAGCCCUUCCUGAAGAUCAACAGGAUUCAGAAGUGACAGAGACUGACAAAUCAUCUGAGCGCCCUUCAAUUCAGCCUGCCAAACUCUCACGAGGUAGAGCGGCCAAACCACUCCCGGUGCUCGGCAGAAAGUGGGGUAAAAAGCUUCCGAAUCCUCCUCCCGCCACGAAGACCGUAGACGACGAAUCGGCAAAAGAGGAUCAAGGUGUGACAGACGAAGCCUUAAAAGAGCAGGUGAACAAAGAUGCAUCGCCUGCAAGAACCGGCAGCGAAGAAGAGGAGGAUGACCAAGACGAUGGUGGGGAUUCCUCUGGUGAUGAAGUUUACUCAGCUAAACCUGCAAAACCAACUAGGUACGGGAGGGUCCCCAAGCCUCGGGCCAUCUUAGAGUACCCUACCAAGGAAGAGGAGUCCACCCAUAAACCUCCGCGAAAGUGCUCUGCCAAGAGGGCCAGAACGUCCACUGCAACAUCUGCAUCCUCGGCACCCAAAAAGUCUAAACUGAUUACCCUUAGAGCAUCGCAGUCAGAUUUCAGUGAGGACGAGGAGGAGCAUGGCCUUCAGAAGGACGACGAAGUGUUUGUAACCACCAGCUUGCACUCGCCCUCAACUGUUAUCUCACAAGUGGACGAGACAAUAGAGGAGCUUGACAUCUUGGGCAACAUGUCAGAUGUAUUGGACAUAACUCAAGAUGGACUCUGCUCAUAUUCUUUCUGUGAGAGGGAGAAAAAUGAGACUGGGGCACCCGAACCAUGUGUGCAUCAGUUGGACCUGCUGGUUGAUGUCAUUGACCUUGUGUCUUCUGAGCACAACCAAGAGUUGGAGUUGGAUAGCAACAACAUGGCUGCUGAAACAUUGCUGGCCAUUGGCAACGUCUCUCAGUCGGAGACCGCACAUGAUCAUGGAACAGAAAUAGCAUUGCAGAGUACAAAGGAGACCAGUGAACUCUUGGAGGAAGAGAUAGUAGCAGAAUUCAUCGAGGAAAACUGUUCCAGCCAAAUCCCAUUUAUUUCAGAGGAACAAAGAGUCGCACAGACAUUUGAGAUGUCCACCCCGGCCAUUGCUAACACAGACUCUUCACCUCAAAGAGAUGUUUCCGACCCUGACCCAGGCCUUCCUGCACAAUCAAACCCACAGAUGGGAAAAAGUAACGCAUUCAAAGUGAAGCCAAACCCAAACCUCAUGAGCGAUUCAAGGACCGCACCUUCCAAUUCCCAGCGAGAACAAUCACCAGUAGCUUCUAGUGAGGAGAAAAAAGUAGGUGGUAGACAUGCUGUCAGUGAAACUAAUUCCACAGAUUCAGAAGUAGUCGGAAGUUGUCGAGAUAAUGAAAAAAUAUUUGAAGGAGCAGUCAUAGAAUCAAAGGCAGAAGAUUCAAAGGCACCUUUGGACCUUGGAUGUGGAGAUAAUGACAGUAAUUUGCAGAAAUUAAAAUGUCAGAAAUCAAGUGAAGUUGCAUCCACUCAUCAGACCAGGAGGAGUCGAUUCCCAAAGGUGAAACCAAACAUUCCCGAGACAACAAGAAGCCAACGGUCCAAACCACAAAACCCGAUAGAAACUUGCCUAUCUCCAAAUCUGGAAACCACCUGCAAAGUAACAGCUGAAAUUGAACCACAGGCAGUUUCCACCUCCUCUUUAGAGGCAUCAGAUCAAAGCAACAAUGCUGCUUGCGCAGAAGUCACAGAGCCAUUUGUUGAAGAGUCAAAGAAAGCUUUGGACGAAGGAGGUAGAGAUGAUGCCAAAGCUUUCCUUGAAUGUCAAAAAUCUAGUGAAGUCAAAUCCACUCAUCAGACCAGGGGGAGUAGAUUCCCAAAGGUCAAACCAAAGCCAAACCUUCAGACAUCAAGGAAUGUACACGCUAAACCUCUCGAAUCCACCGGCAAAACGACAGGUGAAGUAGAAUCACCACCAACUGGGACCACUCUUCAAAAGGAAAGUCAAACUACUAGUUCUGCUUCAACUAUUGUACCUAUGUUGAGCACAGACACCACUGUCAUACCCUCAGAGGAACUCAUUGAGCAGAAAAUGGCAAAAGUUGGGCUUGCUGUCGAAGAUACAAAGCAUACAAAUUCUGAAAGAGCUGAAAUUGAUCAAAAUACAGAGACACUGUCAGAUACAGCGGUCACAGAACACAAGGCUAAAGCGUCAAAUUAUGUUUUGGACCAAGAAUGUAGAGAGCAUGACAACACUUUGCAAGUGUUACCUGACUGUCAAAACCUGAGAAAAGUUGUCAAACCAAACCUUACCCUGAUAUCAAGAAGUUCACUGUCCAAAUCUCAAACCACAAAAGAAAUUAGCUCGUCUGAAAAUGUGGCAUCCACCAGCCAAACAACUGAAGUAAAACCACAGGCGACUGGCAGCUCCUCUCCCCAGAAGCAGAAUCAAAGUGUCAGUUUUGCUUCGACUGUGUUGCCAGGCUUAAGUGCAAGCUCCAUUGUGAUACCUUCAGAGGAACUCUGCUCUAGUGAGCAAAAAAUGGCAGGCGUUGGACUUGCUACAGGAGAAUCAAAGACUACAGAUUCUGAAACAGUUGAACGUGUCCGUAAUGUAGAAGAACCAUCUAAUACAACAGCCACAGAACCAAUUGAUGAAGAGUCAUCUAAAAUUUUGGAUCAAGAAAGUAGAGAUCAUGACAGUACCAUGCAAGAGUUACCUGAAAAUCAGAGAAAAGUUGUUCCCAGGAGGAGUCGAUUCCCAAAAGUCAAACCAAACCUUCCGAAAAUAUCACGAAGUUCACUCUCUCAAUCUCAACCCAUGAAAGAAACUUGUCCAUCCUCAGAUCCAGAAUCCACCUCCAAAACAACAAUUGAAGUAGAAUCACAGCCAACUUGCACUUUAUCUAUACAGAAACAAGGUCAGAGCAUCAGUUCUUUAACUCUGGUGCCAAUCUUGACCACAAGCUCCAUUGUGAUACCUUCAGAGGAAUUAAGGCCUACUGAGCAAAAAUUGACAGGCACUGGACUAACUGCAGGGGUAUCAAAGAUCACAGAUUCUAAAACAGUUGAAAGUGGUCGUAAUACAGAGGAGCCAUCUGAUGCAGAAGUCAGAGAACACCAGGCUGAAGAGUCGAAUCAGGUUUUGGAACAAGACAUUGGAGAUCAUAACAGUAACUUGCAAGAGUUACCCAAAAAUCUGAGAAACGUUGUUCCCAGGAGGAGUCGAUUCCCAAAGGUCAAACCAAAUCUUCCCCAGAUAGCAAGAAUUUCUGUUUCUAAAUCUCAGACCACAAAAGAAAUCAGCUCAUCCUCAGAUCCUGAAUUGCAGCCGACUUGCUCAUUCUCUGUGCAAACACAGAGUCAUAGCGUAGAUUCUUCAGUUGUGAUUCCAAUAACAAAUAUAAACUCCACUCCUACACCUUCAGAUGAAAAUACUUAUAGUGAGAAGAUAGAAGAUCAUACACCUGUCACCCAAGCUGAUGUAGUUAAAAAUAGUCACCCGGUAGCAUCACCAUCAACCUUAGAAACUUUUCAAAGUGUUGCAUCGGUUGUUAUACCUUCUGCAGAUGGUGAUUUAGAGAAGAAAGACACAGAUGCUUUAAAAGUUUCUCAAACAAUUCAAAGACGACGACGCCUUACCAAGGUGCAACCCAAUCUUAGACCCCCUGGGAGAGCAAUACAGUCAAAAGUUGGACAGGACAAACCCGCCAACGUAUUACCUGAUUGUCAAUCAGUGUCAAAAGAUGAAGCAAGCGGACAGUGUGCGAGCAAUGAAGUGGACUCCCUGGAGAAGUCAAAGUCGACAAUCUCUGAAGGUCAGAGUAAUGACAUGCAAACAGCUAGCAAGAAAACGGCGAGCAACUACAGUUCUUGUCAGGACAAGGACACAGCAACUAGUCCUUUCAAUUCCACGCUGAACAUCCACUCCUCAAACAGCACACUGCCAGAUUCAGUUCUGGAAAGUUCUGGACCCAGUGACGCCAAUGUAGUGACUGAAGAGGCUCAACCCCCCAAAUGCACUGAGGCAACUUUAUUGCCAAAACCCACCACAAUGGAACGACGCAAAGUCAAGCCCAACCUUGGACAAAGCACUCGGCAGUCCUGCCAAACGACUGUCAAAGUGGGAUCAGGUUUGACACCUUCACCAGAUAAAUCUGCGCUUCACAGUACAAAGGUUUUAGUUACCCUAAAUGGAUCUUGCUCAGACGCUUGUACUUCUCAAGAGCAAACGACUGUUCUGCGGACACCAGUAGAGGGAGCAGACGAUCAAAUUAAGGAAGCAAGUUCUAUGAUGACACACCCUAGCCAGGAUGGAAUGGCGUCGAGUGCAGGACCCAACCAAACUUCCACAAGUCUCUCAAUAUUUCCCGACACGACGUCAGUACCUUCAGAUCCAGACGAGCCUUUCUUCAUCCUGUCACUGAUGGAAGUCCCACUGGAAGAAACUUCCACUCAGUCCCCCCAAACAGAUCAGUCCGUGCAGCACAGCGUUGCUCUGGACGGUACGGUGGCAGCGACAGAUGUUUCCCUACCUGAUGUCCCCUCUAGAGAGAUGAGUGUUCCCACGAAUGCACUCGCAACGGCUCCGAUUGCACUGGCGCCACCUACAGGAAGCGAAGACACAAUUAAAGGAGCGAGUUCUCCCAAAAGGAAACCGAAAGGCUUCUUGUCCUUCCUGACUCAUCCAAGCAACGUCACCAUGUCGCAUCGACGCAAAGCCGCUUCCCGCCAAUCGAGCGUGAGUAAACCCGCAUCCCGAAAGAAAUCCGCGGUGCCAGCUGCGCCUGCCCGACCGGCCGCUUCACGAACUCAAGUGGAGCCCGAACCGUUACCGACACCUUGUACGAGAGCAUCUCGGCCACUUCCUGGUUCAUCUUUCUCUGCUGAUGAGGUUAUUAUAUGCAAUCCUGAAAACAGUGUGGAAGUCCAAGACGAGCCCACCGACGUCUCCACGUACUUCCUAAGUGAUAUUUUCACGGAAGUGAAGGACACGUAAAAAGUACUCACUUGCUCUUCUUUUAUAUUUAUUACCUGAAAUUUAACGGACUUUAGGUGAAAUUCCAGGAUGAACUAAAACCAUUUCAAGUGAAGAUUAGCUUCAAUACGAAAGCUCGCCACAAAGCAAAAUAUUCCUAACCUUAUGUAUAUUUUUGUUAUAUAGCAAGCGCUUCAAGAUGUUUUUUUUUUCCUGAACUUAAAUUCUUAUUUUUGUAACUAGGCAUCCAAAAAAAUAAAACGACUGACACAACAAAUCUUGCCUAAUUGUGUGAGUGAUAUAAAGCAACCGCCACUCCUGUGUCUUUUUAAACACGUCCUUGAAAUGCAGUUUUCACAAUACUCUUAAAUAGCAUUUCAAUUAGUUUAUUGCACAAUUUGAUGAAUUGCUUUGUUUGACGUUCACAUUUAAACAUGUGGCAAAAUAGUUUCUUUAAAAUCUAGGUAAACUGGUUCUUACAAUUAAAGGGGAAGUUAAGAAUUUUCGACACUAGGCUUAAUUUUCUAGUUAGCCGUGGUUUAAUUGGUCUGUGCAGUUGGUUUCAACAAAUUCCGUGCAGUUUGUUAGUUAUUUGCAGCUACAGUGUAUCACAAAAGUGAGUACACCCCUUGCAUUUCUGCAGAUAUAAGUACAGUCUCUGACAAAAGUCUUGUCGCUUAUCCAUUUUGUAGAAACAGUUGGUAAUAACCUGACUUUUAAUUAUUCAGGUGGUUUCAGAAAUGGCUCAUAUGAAAGCUAAGACCCUCCCAAAAGAUGUUGAAUGUACAAAAAUAUAUUUGUUUCACUGAAAAAAAAUUUAUCAUUUAAUGAAGACAUAAAGGUCAAAUUUUGGCGAGACAAAAGUUUUGUCGCCUACAGAAAGUAGUGUGAAAAUUGAACAAAAAAUGUACUUCAAAUACAUAAAUAUGUUACACAAGAUAAGCGAAUUAAGUAGGAAUGCUGUGAGAUUCAAAUUUAAUAUUUUGUAUGACUUCCAUGGGCUUGAAGGAAAGCAUCCAUGCGGUUCGGCAAGGAUUCAUAAAAUUUAUUGAUGAAGUCAUCAGGAACAUCAAAGAAAGCAGUCUUGCAUGCCUCCCAGAGUUCGUAAACAUUCUUGGGUUUCGUCUUCCAUGCUUCCUCUUUCAUCCUACCCCAGACAUGCUCAAUGAUGCUCAUGUCUGGUGACUGGGCUGGCCAGUCCUGGACGAUCUUGAUCUUCUUUGCCUUGAGGAGUUUUGAGGUAGAGAUUGAAGUAUGCGAUGGAGCACCAUCCUGCUGCAGAAUUUGUCCCUUUUUAUGGUUUAGAAUGUAAGAGGCAGCUAAGAUUUGUUGAUAUUUCAGACUAUUUAUGUUGCCUUCCACCCUGCAGAUCUCUUGCACACCCCCAUACUGGAUGUAACCCCAGACCAUGAUUUUGCCAACAUCAAACUUUACUGUUUUCUGAGUGAAUCUUGGAUCCAUGCGGGCUCCAGUAGGUCUCCUGCAAUAUUUGCGGCGACUGUGGUGUAAUUCAAUGGAAGAUUCAUCUAAAAAAUCAACCUUUUGCCACAAAGCAGUGAAGUUGGGUGGCGCUUUGUUGACAUGUCUUCAGCAAACUGUUUACGAGCUUUCUUGUGUACCGUCUUCAGAAGAGGCUUCCUGCUGGGAUGACAGCCAUAUACACCAAUUUGAUGUAGAGGCGUAUGGUCUGAGCACUAACAGGCUGACCCCCCACCUCUUCAAUCUCUGCAGCAAUGCUGACAGCACUCCUGUGACGAGCUUUCAAAGAAAGCAUUUGGAUGUGACGCUCAGCACGUGCGUUUAGCUUCUUUGGACGACCAACCCGAGGCCGGUUCUGAGUGGACCCUGCUCUUUUAAAACGCUGGAUGAUCUUAGCCGCUGCUGCAGCUCGGUUUCAGGGUAUUGGCAUUCUUGUAGCCUUGGCUAUCUUCAUGUAGCGCAACAAUACGUCUUUAAGAUCCUCAGAGAGUUCUUUGUUAUGUGGUGCCAUGUUGGAACUUUCAGUGACCAGUAUGAGAGAGCGUGAGAGCUGCACUACAAAUUUGAACACACCUGCUCCCUAUGCACACCUGAACCUCGUAACUCUAAUGAGUCACAUGACAUUAUGGAGGGAAAAUGACAAGCAGUACUCAAUUUGGACAUUUAGGGAUGUAGUUUCUAAGGGGUGUACUCACUUUUUUUGCCAGGAGUUUAGAUAUUAAUGGCUAUAUUUUGAGUUAUUUUGAGGGGAAAAUACAUUUAUUAUAUAAGCUGCCGACAGACUACUUUUCAUUGUGUCAAAGUUUCAUUUUGUCAGUGUUAUCCAGGGCCGGCCCAGGCCAUUUGGGGGCCCUAAGCAAAUUAAUGCAAAGGGGCCCAUAUUUUUGGCCCACCAUUUCGUCACAGUGUACUGUGAAACCCAUACAUGCAAUCCAACCCAUACGUCCAUAUUUUGUAUAUUAAUCAGAUUGUGUUGCACAGCAUACUUCAAACUUCUCACCCCAAAUGAUUGUCAGUACUUACAGUAGAUAGCACCAAACCUUUUUCUAAAAGAGGAAAGAAAGAAGUUAAGGGCGAACUUAUAUUUUUUAAGCUUGUAAUCAAGUAUCAAAACUCACAACAGUCAAAUAAAGCAAACUGUGGUAAAC